AUGGCGUUGGCGUUCGAGACCGGACGAGGAGACGCGAUGGAGGGGAUUGAUUUCGAGAAAAAUGCGGCGUGGUGCGAUGCGGACCACAGCGGAGAGGCGUUCGAUCGAGCGUUGGAGGAUGGCGGCGAGGACGCGACGUGCGCGCUCGGCGUGCUGCGAAGAGACGUCGCGCGCGUGGCGGGAGACUUGGAGAUUUGGUUCGGGUACAGUUCGAAUUUUCGUGACGUCGAUGCGAACGAAAAGAAGGCGGCGAAAAAGGCGGCGAAACGCUUCGCGACUCUUUCGGCGGUCGGUGGUGAUGCUGACGAUGGCGACGACGACGACGCGUCCGCCGUCGAUCGAGCGGUGCUCGGUUUCGGCGCGGUGAUGGCGUCGACGGGAGAGGCGUUUUUUUUGCGCGCCGCGAACCGCGCGACGACGAGAGCGCGUUUAGAAAAGAUUUUUGCGAAGUGUCGAGUUGUGACGUAUCACGCGCAAGACAUCGUUCACGCGGCGAUGGACGCGGGCGUGACUGGCGUGGACGCGUCGACGACGCGCGUCGUCGAUUGUCGCAUCGACGCGUGGUUGGCCAAUCCCGAUCGCGCCUACGAUGGGGGCAUCGCGGACACGGGCGCGUGUAAAGAUGCAUCAUGGAGCGACGCGCUCGGGUGUUUUCAAUCCGACUUGACCGCGGCGCUUUCGUUCGUCCCUCGAGGCGACGCCCCGCUCGCGCGAGACGUCGAAGCCAAAGUCGCAGUCGCUCUCGGCGUGCUUCAACACCACGGUGUUGGGUUCGAUCGGACGCGCGCGGACGAGCAGAGACGGGCCGCGAAUCGUCGCGUCGAAGAGCUUGAGCGCGAGGCCCAAAAGUGCAUCGGAGUCGACAUCAAUUUGGCGAGCGCGCAGCAAGUCGCCGACGUCUUGUAUAACAAGCUCAAGCUACCGACGCCGAGCGCGCACGCGAUGAAAGGUUCCAAGUCGAGCCAUUUAUCGACGAGUGUCGAAGUCCUGCAGUCGCUAGUGAAGCAUCAUCAUUUCGCACAAAUCGUGUUGAAUCAUCGAGGCGCGUUGAAAGAAAGAGCGAUGUGCGACAAUUACGACAAAUCAGCCGUCAUCGCCGCCGACGGUCGCGCCAGAAUUCACACGCAAUGGAACAACACAAAGACGGCGACCGGGAGAUUGUCCUCGAGUCAUCCUAACAUUCAGCAAGUAGGUCGGGGAACGAUGCGAAACUGCUUCGUCGCACCCACCGGGCGCACAUUCAUCGCGGCGGAUUACAGUCAAAUUGAACUGCGAGUUUUGGCACACUUGAGCGGCGAUGAUCGCCUCAUAUCGCUGUUACGACAGGCGAAAGGCGACGUGUUCGUGGCGAUUUGGAACGCCGGUAAAGGCUUACCGCUCGACGCGCCAGCGGAAAAGAGCACGCGUGACAUCGCCAAGCGCACGGCGUACGGAAUCGUGUACGGCCAACACGCCACGGGUUUGGCCGAAAAACUCGGCGUACCGAAGAGCGAGGCGCAGGGAUACAUCGCCGCGUUUCAUCGAGCGUUUCCAAAGGUGAAUCAAUGGAUAACUCGCGUGUUGCAACGCGCGGAACAAACCGGAGCGGUGACGCUUCCGAUGUCCGGUCGACAUCGCGCGUUGCCGAAAAUCCACUCCAAAGUCUUCAGCGAACGCAGCGAGGCGCAAAGGCAAGCUGUGAAUACGAUCAUUCAAGGAACAGCCGCGGACAUGAUGAAGACGGCGAUGCUGCGAUGGACGAGCGCCGUCGGCGCGGGAAGAUUUGCAAACGACGUCGCGCCGGGAUCAGUGAAUAAAAAGCGCGUCACUCUCGUCGCACAGAUCCACGACGAACUUUUGUUCGAAGUCGACGAAGACUACGUCCCAGAGUGCGCGCGAGCGGUGAAGAACGUCAUGGAGAACGCGAUCAAACUCGCCGUGCCGACGCCAAUCAAACUCGCCGUCGGCACGUCUUGGGGCGAGCUGCGCGAGGAAGACAGCGCGGUCGACGAAGCCACGCACCUAAUAGAAGCAUAG